CCGCACCAGAACUCGGGAGCACGACCCACACGAGAGCCAGCAGACAACGAGAUCGUUUUCGCCCCCUUGUCCCCUCGGUUUCGCCGCCGCCGCUCCCCGCCGAUCUCCGCGACCCGCCGCCGGCGCCGCCGCUGCAGAUCUCGCCGAGGAGGCGGGGAUCGCUUCCGCCGACUUCCUGGUGGCCGGCCAGCUGGACCUAUAAGGCGAGGUUCCCGGUCGAGUUCCCGCUCCGAGGGUUCAGCAUCCUUGGUUCCCCAUAUGGCUGCUUCCACAUCUCAGCACGCGCUUUCAUCCAUCAAAUGGUGGUCGAACAGCAGCUUCGGUCUUGAGAAGAGAACUUGUCAUGUGCAUUCUGUUUCAGUAGGGUGCCGCUGUCCCAAUGCCCGCAAUUUGGGUUUAGUUUGUGCUUCAAACACCCAAUCUUCAGUGGUCGAGCCAGUUCAGCUGCCAGGGAGCCCUAAAAGCGGCAUAACACCAAAAAAGUCAAGUGAAAGUGCACUCAUACUGAUUCGGCAUGGCGAAUCGUUGUGGAAUGAGAAGAACCUGUUUACUGGAUGUGUCGAUGUUCCGCUGACCCCUAAGGGUGUGGAGGAGGCAAUUGAGGCGGGUAAAAGGAUAUGCAAUAUCCCAGUUGAUGUAAUAUACACUUCGUCACUAAUUCGUGCUCAGAUGACUGCUAUGCUUGCCAUGAUGCAGCACCGCCGUAAGAAGGUUCCAAUCAUUGUCCACAAUGAGAGUGAACAAGCUCACAGGUGGAGUCAGAUAUACAGUGAAGAGACAAAGAAGCAGUCCAUUCCAGUCAUAACAGCCUGGCAGUUAAAUGAGCGAAUGUAUGGUGAACUGCAAGGUCUUAACAAGCAAGAAACUGCUGACCGGUUUGGCAAAGAACAAGUUCAUGAAUGGCGUCGCAGUUAUGAUAUUCCUCCCCCAAAUGGCGAGAGCCUUGAGAUGUGUGCGGAGAGAGCUGUUGCUUAUUUCAAAGAUCAAAUUAUACCUCAACUUGUGUCUGGAAAGCAUGUGAUGAUCGCUGCCCAUGGAAAUUCGCUUCGUUCGAUUAUAAUGCAUUUGGACAAGUUGACUUCUCAAGAGGUUAUUAGCCUUGAGCUGUCUACUGGCAUUCCUAUGCUGUAUAUAUUUAAGGAAGGAAAAUUCAUCAGGCGAGGAAGUCCCGCAGGACCUGCUGAAGCAGGUGUCUAUGCUUAUACCAAGAAUUUGGCUCAGUACAGACAGAAGCUUGACGGCAUGAUUCAGUAACCAUCUGCAGGCUUCAUUCUCUACUAGUCGCUAAGACACUCAUCCGUCGAACAUGCUUUUGAUCCCUAAAGAAGAUAAGUUCAUACUGUUCAGCAUAUGGAAUCGUUGAGAUCUCUACAAGUAGCUGAAGUUGUAGUGCCCCGUUUGUUCCUUGCAAAUCCUUGCAGAAUUUGGGGAUAAUUUAGUUAGUGAGCUAGAGAUACAAAUGGGGAUAAAUUUCGAUGACCAUUGUAUUCUCUUUUCGUGUUCCCCGAUAAUUGGAUCGAAAUAUUUGUAACGGUGGGUGCUGCAGUGAAAAUUUCUAUUGGACUAUGCAAUGAAAUGGUGUGGUUAAAUAUCUGUUCCUCAUUU